AUGCUAAUCUAUGGCGGAACUUACAGCGGAUGCUCGAUACUAUGUCGAAAUAGAUACAAUUCUAUCUCCGCACGCAUCACCAAUGGUCAUCGGAUCAGUGUAGCUGCAACAACGGCGGCCGCUGCCACAAUCGUGUUUUCUGUGGUGGUUGGGGCGGGUGCAAUUGAGGCGGCGGCGCCUCAACAACCGGAGGAGACUCUGUCGAAUAUACCACAAACAUUAUCGAGUGUAUGUACUCCUGAACAGAAGGAUUGCAAGAAGAAGGUGAGAAUCCAACGGCCGAAAUCUAAGAAAGCUGAGAAGUGUACUAGUAAAUGUGUAUCUACUUGCAUUUUGGGUGGAUUUGGAUCCCCCGGUGAAGGACCUCUCAAUAUUAGGAGACCUCUAGUUGUCUUCAAGGAUGGGUUCCGAAGUCGUCAAUAUUGUUUAUCGGAGUGCUCUGAUAUAUGCAACUUAAUUGGAGAUGGAGAUGAUGGACCCUAA